AUGUUAACAAAACUUCCUAAAAAAGUUUUUUCAACCUCUCCAAUAUUUAUUAAAAGAGGUACAAUUAUAAACCACGACUGCAAAUUCGAAGGUGAUGUCUAACUUCUUAAUGGAAAAAUACUAAAAAUCGGUACACCUGGCACCCUUUAACCCCUUUCGAAUUCCCAAAUAAUUGACGCUAAUAAUAAAUACGUAAUCCCGGGAGGAAUAGAAACUCAUUCUCAUUUAUAAAUGCCUUUCAUGGGUACAGUAUCAUAAGAUUGUUUUGACACCGGAACUCGUGCUACAGCGGCUGGCGGGACUACAUUUUUAUUAGAUUUUAUAGUUCCUAAACCUAAGUAGUCUCUUUUAUAAGCUUACGAAUAAUGGAGAAAAUGGGCUGAUCCAAAAGUACAUCAUGAUUUCGGUUUUCAUUGUUGUAUUACUUGGUGGGGAGAUUAAGUAUACAAAGAAAUGGAAGAAUUAAUUAAAUUGGGGGUAGUUAGUUUUAAAUUUUUUUUAGCUUAUAAAAAUUCUUUAAUGGUUACUGAUGAAGAAAUGAUUAAAUGUUUAGAAAGAUGUAAAGAAUUAGGUGCUUUAUCUAUGGUUCAUGCUGAAAAUGGACACUUAGUUGACCAUUUAUAGAAUAAAAUAUUAAAUGCAGGUGUUACAGGCCCUGAAGGUCAUUAUUUGUCAAGAAGUAAAGAAGUUGAGGCCGAAGCAACUCAUAGAGCAAUUGUUUUCGCAAAUGAAUUGUCUACUCCUUUAUAUGUAGUACAUUUGAUGGGUACAGAAGCUGCUGAGGAGGUAAUUAGGGCCAGAUAGAAAGGUUUCCCCAUUUUCGGAGAAACUUUAGCCUCUACAUUGGGUAUUGAUGGGAGAAAAUACUGGGAUAAAAACUGGGAUGUAGCUGCCGGAGCAGUUAUGUCACCUUCUCUUUCCCCUGAUCCUGAAUGUAAGGUAAAAAUGAUGAAAUAUCUAGCUAUGGGAGCCAUUCAUACAGUCGGAACAGACAAUUGCACAUUCUCCUAGGCUUAGAAAAGGGUAGGAAAAAACGAUUUUACUAAAAUACCAAACGGAUGUAAUGGUUUAGAAGAUAGAAUGUCCAUAGUAUGGAAUAAUGGAGUUAGAAGUGGUAUUUUAAGUCCCAUGGACUUCGUUAGAGUAACAAGUACUGCUGGAGCUUAAAUUUUUAAUGUCUAUCCGUAAAAAGGAAGAAUAUAAGAAGGAAGUGAUGCAGAUUUAGUUGUUUGGGAUCCGGAAGCUUAGCAUACUAUUUCUCAUAAACAUCACCAUCAUGCACAUGACCAUAAUGUUUUUGAAGGACUCAGUAUAUAAGGGAGAGCUAGUACUACUAUUGCAGGAGGAAAUAUAUUAUGGGAUAAUGGCAUUUUUUACCCAAAAGGAGGAAAGGGGAAGUUUGUGGAAAGAAAGCCUUUUGGAUUUCCAUAUGAGAGGAUGAAAUUUUUGGAUGAGGAAAGAGAUUAUAAAAAAUAAAUUGUUGAUAGAACUAAUUAAGUAGAUGUUAAUAUGGAAGAAAAGUUAACUAGUUUAUAAAAAGAACUUAAUAUAGCCAAAUCUACUAUUUCUCAUUUGUAGAAAUAACUUGAAAACUCUAAUAAUAAUAAUAUUAAUAAUUCUUCUAAUUUCUAAUAUGGAGAACUUAUUUCUGUUGAAAAAGCUAUUAAUGAAUACUUACCUGAAAAAGAGAAGAAAGAAGUUCUCAAAAUCUUAUAUGGAGCAAAUUGUGAUCCUCAAAAAAUAAACAAUAUAGCUUUAAAUCUUUCCAAAACUCACAAUUUCGAACUCGCUGAAUAUAAAAUUGGUGCCCAAACAGAAUAAGCCCGUCUUCCCCGCCGAGUUAAAAUCGGUGCUGUUUAAAAUAUAUAUAAAGCAUAAACUACAGACCCUAUAUUAGCCUAAAGAAAUGCCAUUCAUGAAUAUAAUAAGAAUAUUUUAGAAGCCGCCUAUCACUGUGGUGUCAAUGUAAUUUGUUUUUAAGAACUUUGGACUUGCCCCUUUUUUGUAGCCACUAGGGAAAAAUACCCAUGGGUAGAAUUAGCUGAAUCUGCCGAAUUCGGGCCUACUACAUUAAUGUUAUAAGAUAUGGCAAAAAAAUACAAUAUGGUAAUAGUUAGUUCUAUAUUAGAAAGAGAUGAUGAAAGAGGAGUGAUAUUUAAUACUGCAGUAGUGAUUUCUAAUAAAGGAAAAUAUAUGGGCAAACAUAGAAAAAAUCACAUACCUAGAGUAGGUGAUUUUAACGAAAGUACUUACUAUAUGGAAGGAAAUACUGGACAUCCAGUUUUUGCAACCGAAUUCGGAAAAAUAGCAAUCAAUAUAUGCUAUGAUAGACACCAUCCUUUAAGCUGGUAAUAAUUCGGUCUAAAUGGAGCUGAAAUUGUAUUUAAUCCAUCUGCAACUGUUGGCGGUUUAAGUGAACCUAUGUGGCCUAUAGAGGCUAGAAAUGCGGCUAUUGCAAAUCAUUAUUUCACAGUAGCAAUCAAUAGAGUAGGAACAGAAUAAUUCCCGAACAAAUUUACUUCUGGAGAUGGAAAAAAUGCUCAUAAUGAUUUUGGACAUUUCUAUGGGUCAAGUUAUGUAGCGGCGCCUGAUGGUACAAGAACACCGGGAUUGUCAAGAACUUAAGAUGGAUUACUAGUAGUGGAUAUUGAUCUUAAUCUAUGUUAAUAAAUAAAAGAUAAAUGGGGAUUUACUAUGACUGGAAGACAUGACUAUUAUGCUGAAAAAUUAAAUGAAUAUGUUUUAAAAGGAUUUAAGUAAUAAUUGAUUAGAGAUAUUUGAUUUAAAAAUAGAAAGAAAAAUAAAAUAAAAUUUAUAUAUAUAUAUAUAUGAAAAUUUAAUUAAAUACUAUUAUUUUAUAUUAAUUUUAAAAUAAAAUAUAUAUUUAUAAUU